UAAAACAAUUUAAGCUUGUUUGUACAAACUGAUGAAGGAGCACAGACUAACACUGAACAGCUGACAUGAAGGUCUAUAAAUUGUGUUUCUUUUUUCUCCUUCUGUCCCAGAUGUCAGCACAGGAAGACACAGUGGCAGCAGACAUUGGAGUUCAUCAGGUGGAGCGUUUAGUGGAGAUGCUAACCUCCAGAGAGUGUGAAAAGCUCCUGGUUGCCCUGUCUCGCCCAGCGGAGGACAUUUUUCAGCGCAUUGAACGUCUCUCUCCAGAAAAUAAUCGACUGAAUUCUAGACUUCGAGCCAAGAGAGACGCCUCCCUUGCUGCAGCAGAUGAAAAGAGUCAAUGCAGGACAUCCUUGUCAAACUGGCUGCUGAAGUUUGGUGAAAAGAUUUACUACGACAGGCUUUCUCGUGCCUUGCAGCACAUCGGCAGAACAGACAUUGCCCUAGAAGUGGGAAAGAACAUCAACCAGGAUAAAAUCUUAAACUUGAAGCGUUACGUUGAGGACUACCAAAAACAUGCCAACUCUCUAACCGACCUGCCCGCAAAGCCAGAUCAACACGGGCACAGUCAGGAAGGCCGAAGGAUAAAGAUUGAGGACGUGUCGUGGCGUGACCUGGAUCUGAUCAUGAAGCGAGCGCCGGUCCCCGUGUAUCCGAGGGGGAUUCUGGAUGUGGCUCUGCCUGUUUUGUAUGGCAUCCUGCUCAGCUUGGUCACCUGUGCAGGUUUCCUCCUCAUCCUUGUUCUUGUUUCUCGGGAAUCAGGUUGAUCAUUUUAGGAUGUUUCCAGAACAGUAAAAUCUUUCUGGUUGAGUGUCUGCAAAUAAAUACACAAAAUCUU